AUGUUUCCGAAGAGCCUCCCGAAUUCCCUGCGCUCUUCCUGCGGUGCCUCCCGUCUGCUUCUGCGGGACGUGCUGCAUGCCGGGUCCCCGCCAACGCUCGGCCUCUGCCUUGCUCCAUACAGCAACGCCGUAGCGUGCGGUGACUCUGUAAUUACAGUGCAGCUGACUGAGGAAGAUAAAGUUGAAGAUGAUGUAGUUUUUUACUUGGUCUUCACUGGGUCGACUGUCCAACACUGCACAAGCACGAGGAAGAUUAAUCCUGGGAGCCUGGAGACAAUUUCUCCUGGCCAUGACUGCUGUGAGACAGUGAAGGUGGCACUUUGUGCUUCUAGAGAAGGUCAUCCUGUUCUGGUUGUGGCAGAAGAGAGUUUCCAGUUUGUCCAGGAUGAAGCCUACGACGCCGCCCAGUUUCUGGCCACCUGCGCCGGCAACCAGCAGGCACUGAAUUUCACCCGAUUCUUGGACCGGUCGAGACCACCCGCUGCUGACGUGGACUUUUUGGAUGAGAAAGUGGCUUUGGCGUUUCGACACCUGAAACUGCCAGCGGAAUGGAACGUGCUGGGAGCGGACCAGUCCCUGACCGAGAACAUCCCUCGGGAAACACUGAUGCAUUUUGCAGUGAGGCUGGGUCUGCUGCGGCUGACGUGGUUUCUGCUCCAGCAGCCGGGUGGAAGAAAAGCCCUCAGCAUCCACAACAACGAAGGGGCAACUCCCGUGAGCUUGGCCUUGGAGAGGGGCUACCAGAAGCUGCACCAGCUUUUAACAGAGUAA